UAGAGCAGUCAGUCAGCUGUUCAAUAAAUAACCUUUAAAUUGGAAGUAUUAUUCAAAUAAUAUAACUACAAAAACCUGAUAUUACUGUAUUAAUUGUGAUAUCUAGAAUCUUAUUUAAAGCCCAUAAUUAAUAAGCUUUCACCAUGUCAUUUUUAAGGGUGGGCUUUCGGCAGUUAUUUAAAACACCGACUGUAAUUUGUAGAUGUUAUUCAGACAAUGCCGUAAAUUUAUCGGAUCCAGCAAUUCAGCGAUAUUUAAAAACCUUAAUAUUAGAACACGAAAACCUGUGCACAAAAGCCAAAAAAACAUUGGAAGAAUCACGACGGCUUAUGGAUAUAAAACCUGUGGUUUCAGUGUUGGAGCAGAGAAUCGCGUUAUACGACAGUAUUGAAUCACUGAAAGACCUCAACAAAAGACCGGAUCAAGACGAGGUAAUGAAGAAAAUGAUAAAAGAAGAAGCCGAGCUAUAUUUAAAACGCAUCAAGGAAGUCGACAGUGAAUUAAUGUCCAUACUGCUGGAGCCGCAGAUGACGGACGGCAGCGUCAUGUUGGAGGUGACGGCGGGCGCCGGUGGACAGGAAGCUAUGCUGUUUGCGCGCGAACUCUUUGAAAUGUACGAACAAUACGCCAACUACAAGGACUGGGAUGUCACUGUAGCGUCAGUUGAAAAAUCUGACAUUGGCGGCGUCAGAAAAGCCUUAAUGUUCAUUGAAGGAUUUGGUGCGCCUGAACUUAUGAAAGUUGAGGGUGGUGUGCAUCGUGUUCAAAGGAUCCCAACCACUGAGAAAGGAGGACGUAUUCACACAAGCACUGUUUCAGUGGCCGUCCUACCUCAGCCCACUGACAUUGAAGUAGAAAUAGCUGAACGAGACCUGGUCAUAGAAACUAAAAGAGCAAGUGGAGCUGGAGGCCAGCAUGUGAACACCACUGACAGUGCUGUGCGCAUCACACACACACCCACAGGAACAGUGGUUGAAUGCCAAGAAGGCAGAUCACAAAUCAAAAACAAAGAGAUUGCUAUGCAAAAGUUAAGGACAAUAUUGUUAGAGAGGCAGUUUAAGGCACAGGCAGACAAGAUUGAUAGUGAGAGGAAAUCACAGGUGGGUUCAAGCAAUAGAAAUGAAAAAAUUCGAACAUACAACUAUCCUCAGGAUAGAGUGACAGAACAUCGUGAGGGAGGUGGAAGCACACACAACUUGCAAUCUUUCAUGAAAGGCGGUGAAGAACUGGAGAAAAUGCAGGAUAGCCUUAUCAGGCAGCAGAAACAACAAGCAUUCUUACAAGAAAUCGAACAAUUUGUUAAAGAGCACAAGAUUGGCAAAGAUAACUGAUCACUUUAUAAGCUUAGUCUAAUAAUAGGUAAGUAUUGAUAGUUUGUUGAAAUGAAAUAUGUAGUUUAAUUAUUACUAUAGUCAUUUAUUUUGUACCAAACAAACAAUCACAUUUCAGUAAUGAGAUAAACAGUUCACAUCUAAGAAGUUUUACAUAAAUGACAGAGAUUCAAAAGACUAAAUUCUAAUAAUAGUAAUACUGUAUCAAUAUGAUAAAAAAAGAAUAAAAUUUUAUUGAAAACAUUA